UGUGUGUAGGGCUUGGAUUCAUAGCUAUGGCCUCACGUUUGUUGCAGUGGUGGGGCCGCUUCACACAGGACACCCCUGGUGAGCAUCGCGUUCGGGAGCUUCGGGAAGAUGGGGUGACGCCUCUGCACAUUGCUGCGGAGAAUGGGCAUACAGAGGUGCUCCAGUGUUUGUUGAAGGGCCGAGCCUCACCUCAUAGCGUCACAGAGAAAGGGCAGAGUCCCUUGCUGAUGGCGGCUGAACAGGGACACCACGAUGCUGUUGCGGUACUCCUCACGGCAGAUGACAUCCUGGGAGAUCAGAGGAUCGCAGCUCUCCAGGUGGCAAUGGACAAGGGUUUUUUGGAUGUGGUUCGGUGCUUGCUGAAAGCAAAAAUCGAUGUGAAUGCCACGAAGGAGAAUGGGAUGUCUCCUCUAUUCAUUUCUGCAUCCAAAGGCCACCUGGCCAUUGUCCAAGCGCUGUUGGAUCAGAGGGCCUCACCCAAUCUGGCAGAACGACAUGGUGCCACCCCCUUGUACAUUUCCUCACAGAUGGGCCACUUUGAUGUGGCCCAAUUUUUGUUGGAUGCCCGUGCCUCUGUGGAUACAGCCCGGAGCCACCUGGUGACGCCUUUGUACAUCGCCGCACAGAGCGGACAUGGCGAAGCCGUGGUGACGUUGCUCAAGGCCAUGGCGGACUGCAACACGUGCACGGACAUCGGAACGUCGCCUUUGUACAUUGCAGCACAGGAAAACCAUGCUGAGGUCGUUUGCCACUUGUUGGAUGCCAGCGCCAACACAGAUCUUGCAGAGAGCGGUGGGGCCACGGCUCUUCACAUCUCAGCUCAGAAUGGGCAUCUAGACAUCCUGCACUCCUUGCUGGAUGCAUCUGCUGACAUGGACAAGGGAGAUCACCAAGGGAUUACACCCUUGUACACAGCUGCCGAGCAUGGCAACCUUUGCAUCGUUCAAUCCCUGGUCACUGCCCGCGCCAACCUGGAAGCAGCCACCCUUACUGGAGCCACACCACUCCUGGUGGCGUGCCGCAGGGGGAACAGGGAUGUCACCUCAUUCCUACUGCAGGCGAAGGCCAACGCAGAGCGGUCACGUGAGGAUGGAUCAACGGCUCUGUCCUUGGCGGCUCAGAAGGGACAUGCAGAGGUGGUUAUUACCCUGCUAGAUGCUGGUGUCGCUGCAGUGCGGCGGGAACAACCUCCACCAUUGUGUUUGGCCGCGCAAAAGGGCCACCACCAGGUGGUCCAUUGCUUGAUCCGAGCUCACUGCAACGUGAACCAGGUAGGUCCUGGCAGCGCUCCAGCCAUCUUCAUCGCGGCGCAAUAUGGCCAUGUGGAUAUCGUUCAUGCGCUGUUGGACGCCUCAGCUAGCAUCGACCUGUCAGACGCCUUGGGCGUCACCGCGCUGCACGUGGCGGCGAAGUGUGGGCACUUCGGUGCCGUGCAGGGCUUGAUCGACGCCGCAGCCAACGUGUGCGCGCCAUGUAAUGUUGGACUGACGCCGUUGCACGCCGCAGCAGAAUGUGGGCACCUGGAGGUUGUGCAAAGCCUCCUCCAAGCAUCUGCAGAUCAUACUCAGGGAUCACAGGACGGCCGGCAAGCGCUGCACUGUGCCGCAUCCGCGGGGUGCAUUCGCAUCAGCGAAUGUUUGUUGGAUGCGGGCGCCAGCAAGAAUCGGAGCACCAAGGGCGGGGCGACACCUUGCUGGUUGGCUGCCUGUGAGGGACAUUUGGGUGUCCUGCUGCGCUUGUUGUCUGCCAGAGUGGAUUUGAACAAGAGCGAUGCAGAUGGCUUGACGCCUCUGCACAUCGCCACCAGCAAGGGCCACCUGCAGGUGGUGCAGGGCCUUUUAAGUGCUGGGGCUUCCAAGGACGAGGUUGCGAAGGAUGGAAUCACUGCAUUUCACAUGGCAGUGCGCGCUGGGCAUCAACAAAUCGUCCGAUGUUUGUUGCAAGCCCGGGCGGACAAGCAGAAGAAGGGAUCAAACGGGUCGAGUCCUUUGCACCUUGCUGCGCAGCACGGCCACUGUCAGAUCCUCCAAUGUUUGCUGGAAGCUGGGGUGGAGAAGAAUCAACGAAUGGAAGAUGGGCUUACGCCACUGCAUGUGGCUUCCUUGCAUGGCCAUGUGCAGAUUGUGGACCAGCUACUACUGGCUCAAGCAGAUUUUGAUUCCGCCGAUGACAAUGGUGCCACUGCUCUGCAGUAUGCAGCACAAGAGGGUGCUGCUCAGCUGGUGGCGAGACUCUUGUCAGCUGGUGCAGAUGCCAACAAAGCCGCCUAUGGCGGCUGUUCCCCGUUGCACGUGGCCUCCGACGAGGGUCACCUGCAGGUGAUCCGUCAACUCGUCGAGGGCCGCGCCAGGAUCGAUGGCGGCAGCGGCAGCGGCGGCAGUGCCUUGCACUCGGCGGUGCAGAAGGGGCAUAUCUCGGUGGCGCAGUGCCUGCUGGAGAUGAAUGCCUCCCACAGCUUACCCAGCUCCGGGAUGACGCCUCUGGCGCUGGCUGCUGGACAUGGCAACGUGGAGAUGGUGCGCUGCUUGCUGAACGCCAAGGCAUCCACGGCUGACGGCCUGGCGCUGCACAUUGCCACAGAUCGAGGGCAUUUGUCUGUGGUGAGGUGUUUGUUGGAGACUCCGGGCUGGUCCCGAUCCCGGCUCUCCCUGGCCUCGGCCACGGCAGCCGCCCGCGUGGUGCUACGGGGCUGCUGCGCCCUGCUCGGCGGAUGGCGACGCCAGCCUCGGCUGGAGGUGAUGGGAUCACCCAAGACACCGGUGACUUCUCUCCGGGGACCGAAAAGUUCACCCAGAAAGGAACUGCCAGGCAGUUCCCCCAAAUUUUCGGAUGCUUCUUACUUUCAAUACGCAUCAAAGAUGCAACUUGGGAUUCUGUUCAUGUCAACGUCAACUUUGUGUUUAGGACUUGCAUGGCUCCGACCCAACCUGAGGUUGGGACAAUUCACCAGAUCCGAUGGUGGUUGACCAAUUCAUGCCAAUUAAUGUUGCAGAAAGUUGUGCCAACGACCUUGAACACAGCGAGAUGAAAA